AGGCUUGGUCGGAGGUUGACCAUGGACGUGUCAAGAGCGCCGAGGCUUCGGGCGGCAGGCGGCCGUCCGCGCCACCGUUCCAAGACUUGCAAGCGAGCAGAUCUGAUCAUCAGAAACUCCGAUGAGUCUCUCCGGGGGGACGCUUGCGUUCUCAGCGGGUGGCUACCUGCGGCUUCCCUCCGCGACCAGGAGGGCCGUGUCCAUGGAGGCCAUCCUUCCAGUGCGCGGGCGAUUGCUCCGAUCUCCACCCGAACCGACGGGCGACGCAAACUGAACACUGGACCAGGCGCUUCUCCCGUGGAACCAGACCCUGAUGAGCCUCUCCGGGGGGACGCUUGCGUCGGUGGUGGGUGGCUUGCCGCGGUCUCUCUCGGCGACACGCAGGGGCAGGGCCGUGUACAUGGAGGGAGCACGAUGUCUCCGUUCUUCACCAGCUCCUCGGCACCAUCACCCAGCAGCGAUCAGCCACCAUGUAGCAACCUCAAGAUAGCCAUGUCUGCCCUCGCCAUGGAGUUCUGCAAUCUCAAGAUCUGGAGACUUGACGUACUGAGAGAUCACCUGGGCUUCUCGUCUGCAUCCAUCUGGGAAUCCGUUAGACGCAGCUGCAGCAGUGGUUCUAACUCUGACUCGGCAGCCUCAUGGCCGAGCUCCUCUGAUUCCUUCACUGGCACUAGUGGCAGCUCAAAUGAGGCCAGCUUCAACAUCUACUCUGCUCUAAGUGAGGACAUGUCAGUACGAAGUGAUAAGGCGUUCUCACGCAUGGAUUUUAUCGACCGCAAGUUGUUGUCCAUCCUCAACAACAUUGCAGGCAUCAUUAUCGAGGGCGGAUAUGAAAAGAUGCUCCGACGAGCAAUCGAACGACAAUCCGCUCAACUUGCCAGUUAUGUUGAAAUCCUUGACAUCCAUAACAUUUUGGGCGGUCACAAGGAAGAAUCCAAAGAAAUUCUACUGAAGAUCUGGACAACGGCGAUGCACAUUAUGGUUGGUUUUCUCGGUGAGAUACAAAAACAAUUGAAUGGACAGGAUCUUGGUUACUUCAAUAGACUCAAGGAGGAUUAUUUCUUAGCAAUUGCAAAGCAAUCUGUCAUGAAGUUGCUUAAAGCAGCUAGCGCAUCAAUUGAUUCAGUCUACAAGGAUACCUAUUCAACACUUAAACCUGAUCUGUCCAAAAUGGUAAAUAUGGUAAUGAUGUACCAAGCACUGAAUUAUGCCAUGCCAACAAUCUUAGCAUUGUUCACGGGUCAAAGUAAGGAGUUCAUUCUUGCAGAAGGCGAAGGGCUCAUCCACAGAUUGUCGGACAUGUUUGUCAAGCUAUCUGUUGAGCAAAACAGUCUGGUGAGAUCGCAACUUUUGGUCAUCUCGGACACUGGCGUCCAUCAUUCAACAAGGCAUAUCAUGGAUCAUAUGCGAAUGCUGGUUCAACAAAAGAACACAGUCUGUCUAAUGCUGAAGGAUGAUCUGAAAGCAUUCCAUGAACUGGUUGAGCAGCUGAUCUCAUCUUUGGAGUUUAUGUUGGAUAUGAACUCAAGAGGUUUGCAGCUCCAAGGGCAGCAACAGAUGUUCCUUCUGAACAAUGUACACUUCAUGCUCCAAGAAGCGAACAAAGAUAAAGAUUUGGGACCUAUCCUAGGAGAAGGAUGGUUAUUGCAGCGCCAUGACCAACUCAACUUGUUCAUUACAGGAUAUGUGGAUGCUUCAUGGACACCUGUUAUGUCUUGUUUCCAGAAACGGACCCGAGUCCCAGAGAUCUUGUGGCCCCAUCAGUUGUUUGAUAAGUUCACUUCAUCUUUCGAGAUGACCUACCGUGUGCAGAAGACUUGGAAAAUUACUGAUCCUCUGAUCCGACAAAAGCUGCGGGAGGCAAUAUUUCAGAAGGUUAUCCCAGAGUACCGAAUGCAUAUGGAGAACUACUCGGAGAAGCAGCAGAAAUCUGCGACUGCGAGGUACAGCAUUAAGCAACUGGAGUCACAGUUGCAGGAAUUGUUCGAGGGGUGAACUUUGGAUGUGGGUAUAUG